GGAGGAGAGAGGUUUGACACGCUCACAGACCUGGUGGAGCACUAUAAGAAGAACCCCAUGGUGGAGAAAUCUGGAGCUGUCGUUCAUCUGAGGCAGCCGUUCAACGCCACGCGCAUCAAUGCAGCCAACAUUGAAAACAGAGUGAAGGAGCUGAACAAGAUGGCAGAUCACAGCGAGAAGGCCAAGCAAGGGUUCUGGGAAGAAUUCGAGAUGCUGCAGCAGCAAGAGUGCAAGCUCCUUUACCCCAGGAAGGAGGGACAGCGACCGGAGAACAAGGCUAAGAAUCGCUACAAGAACAUCCUUCCCUUUGACACCACACGGGUGGCACUCCGAGACGUAGAUGAGAGCGUGCCGGGUUCGGACUACAUCAAUGCCAACUACAUCAAGAGCAUCCCUGAAGAUGGAAGGAACCCGGAGCACUGCAAGGUCUAUAUAGCCACCCAGGGCUGCCUGCAGACAACAGUGAACGACUUCUGGGUCAUGGUGUAUCAAGAGAACAGUCACGUCAUUGUCAUGACAACCAAGGAGGUGGAGCGGGGCAGGAACAAAUGUUUCCGUUACUGGCCAGACAAGGGUUGCACCAAGGAGUAUGGAUGUGUCUGCGUGCGGAACGUGAGCGAGCGGGAGGCCCAGGGCUACUACCUUCGGGAGCUGGAGAUCUUGCGGAUCGACAGGGAUGAGCGCCCCAGGCUGGUGAAGCACUAUCAAUAUUUUAGCUGGCCAGACCACGGGGUGCCCAACGAGCCAGGAGGGGUUCUGAGCUUUCUGGACCAAGUGAAUCGGGCACAGCGAAGCAUUCCGGACACGGGGCCGAUCAUCGUGCACUGCAGUGCUGGAAUAGGACGCACGGGCACCAUCAUAGUGAUAGAUAUUCUGGUGGAUAUUAUUCACAGGCAAGGUUUGGACUGCGACAUCGACAUCCCCAAAACCAUCCAGAUGGUGCGCAGGCAGCGCUCGGGCAUGGUGCAAACAGAGGCACAGUACAAGUUUGUUUACAUGGCGGAAAAAACUGAGCAGAAGAGGUUGGAAGAAGAACAGAGGAGUAAAAGGAAAGAGCGAGACUACUUGAAUAUCGGCUACUCCCCUAUGGAAAAAGGCAGAGGCAAAGGGCAGCCCCCCUCGCCACGGACCCCGUCUGUGGUUGACGAUGAGUCAGCUUCCGUCUACGAGAACCUUAACAUCAAAAGCCCAAAGGUUUCGGGGAUGAGCAAUACAGGGCGAUAA